GCGUCCGCCCCUUGUCCUUCCUCCCCUCACUUUCUGGUGCCUCUGGCAGUAGGGCGCGCAACACAACACACUGACAGCCGCGACUUACAACCUAGGAGGGGAAGAUGGAGCCGAGAGAAACCGACUUCAAUAUACUGCUAGCGACCGACUCCUACAAGGUGACUCAUUACAAACAGUACCCCCCCAACACAAGUAAAGUGUACUCCUACUUCGAGUGCCGCGAGAAAAGGACGGAUCCCAGCAAAAGCAGAAAAGUCAAAUAUGACAAAACCGUCUUUUACGGCCUGCAGUACAUCCUUCACAAAUACUUAAAAGGAAAGGUAGUGACUCCAGAGAAGAUCCAGGAAGCAAAGGAGGUGUACAGGGAACAUUUCCAGGACGAUGUUUUUAAUGAGAAAGGCUGGACUUAUAUUUUGGAGAAAUACAACGGCCAUCUUCCCAUCGAAAUCAAGGCGGUGCCAGAAGGAAGCGUCAUUCCCAGAGGCAAUGUUUUGUUCACAGUGGAGAGCACAGAUCCCGAAUGCUACUGGCUCACUAACUGGGUGGAGACUAUUCUUGUUCAGAUCUGGUACCCGAUUACAGUGGCAACCAACUCCAGAGAGCAAAAGAAGAUCCUUGCCAAGUACCUCAUGGAGACUUCUGGGAACCUGGAGGGACUGGAGUAUAAACUGCAUGACUUUGGCUACAGGGGUGUGUCUUCACAAGAGACUGCGGGCAUUGGAGCCUCCGCUCAUUUGGUGAACUUCAAGGGCACAGACACGGUGGCCGGCAUCGGAGUCAUUAAGAAGUACUACGGCACCAAGGACCCAGUGCCAGGCUUUUCAGUACCUGCAGCUGAGCACAGCACCAUAACAGCAUGGGGGAAGGACCAUGAAAAAGACGCCUUUGAGCACAUCAUCAAGCAGUUCCCCAACGUGCCUGUGUCCAUCGUCAGUGACAGCUACGACAUCUACAACGCCUGCGAGAAGAUCUGGGGAGAGGACCUGCGGCCGCUGAUAGAGGCCCGCAGCGCAGACGCCCCGCUGGUCGUCCGACCGGACUCGGGAAACCCGCUGGACACGGUUUUGAAGGUUUUGGAGAUACUCGGCAAGAAGUUUCCGACGCACGAGAACGCUAAAGGUUUCAAAGUGCUGCCUCCUUACAUCAGAGUCAUUCAAGGAGACGGAGUCGAUAUCAACACACUGCAGGAGAUAGUGGAGGGUAUGAAACAUCACAUGUGGUCCAUCGAGAACAUUGCCUUUGGAUCCGGAGGGGCUUUGUUGCAAAAACUGACCAGAGAUCUGCUCAACUGCUCAUUCAAAUGCAGCUACGUGGUGACGAACGGACUGGGGGUGAAUGUGUUCAAGGAUCCGGUGGCAGACCCCAACAAGAGGUCAAAGAAAGGUCGCCUGUCUUUGCACCGGACGCCAAGCGGAGAUUUUGUCACUUUAGAGGAGGGCAAGGGGGAUCUGGAGGAGUAUGGAGUGGACCUGCUGCACACGGUGUUUCAGAACGGGAAGAUUGUGAAGAACUACACAUUUGAUGAAGUCAGAGACAAUGCCAAGCUGAAAGACGGCGAGCUUGAGGAGCUGCUGCACUGAGCGCGGCCUCCCCAGGCCCCCCGACAUGUUCUAAAGCCUAAAAGAAGUCGUACUCCCAGAUCCUCACCUUUUCACCCUUCAACAUCAAAAAUGGAGGCAUUUAAAAUUACAAAAAAAAAAAAAAACUUUCCUGAAAACAUAAAACCCCCUGAAGAUUUUUUUAAGAAAAAAUUUUAAUCUGAAUUCCGAAAUUCUGAGGAAGUUUUAGGAGGUUAAAAAUUUGGAAACUAGUUUAUAAAGUUUAACAGAACUCCUCCUAAAGGAAAGCGAGGUAGUACAAGAAGUAAGAACGCAUACACUAAAAUACUAUCCAAUGUGCUGCUGCCUCAAAUUGAAUUUCAGCUUGUUGUUGCACUGUUAGGCCAGAAUACUUCGCAGCUUCCCUGAAUGUGUUUAGCCGGCUGCUGACGGGGCGGUGUGCCUCGACCGAGGCGGAUUGCGACAGAGGGAAAGCGGUAACACUUCUGCGUGUCGUUCUGUACAGAAAAUGGAAAAAAAAAAAAAAGCCACAAAUUUGAAGCGGCUUCGCUUUGCCCUCUAUGUGAAGGAAGAACUGAUGAUCCUUGUGAACUGCUGUGCACUGAAAACACUGAAAUACGUUAAUUAGUCAUGUUUCGCGUCACCUCGGUAGCAGUUAAUCCUAAACCCUUUAACUGUAACUAUAGAUGGUAAUGUCACGUCAUUUUCCAAAUUGUCCUGCUUUUUAAUUAAUCGUCGCAGCCUGAACUGUAGUUGCGUGUGCGCUGCCAACACGGACGCAUCGCCGAAGGUAGAGGAACGAUCGUCUCUGUGUCCCAUUAUGUUUUGCCCGCAGUGCAUUCUCAUCACGAAGAUCCAAUUCAAAGCCACAAUCUCGAGUGAAAAUAAAGUAUCCAUUCAGAA